AUGUCCCCUGAUAGCUCUUCACCAUCCACCAAGCGUAGCCUGAAACCGUCGCCCAUCGCAGCGAACCCGCAACCAACCGUUCCAUACUCUGCGCCUCCAGAGUUGCCUAGUUUACAACCAGCGGCGCCAUUCACUACGGCAAAUCAAGAAGCUCACCCUGGCGCUCAGCCACCACUUUCAUCUCCCACGAGCCGGAAGCGCAAGUCUGUAACGCUCGGACAGUCGCAAGACCAGAUGGCCAGUACAUCGGAUAGCGCAGAGGCGCAAGCAAGUAGUGCAGCGUUGCCUCCAGCAGCUGAUGUCGAUGCUACGCAGGAGCCCAAGACUAAGAAGAGUCGGACAAAUACGCCGUGGACGCCAGCUGAGGAAUUGAGGUUGAAACAAAUGAGAGAUGCUGGGAAUAGCUGGAGCGAAAUUGCAAAGACGUUCCCACAGCGGACAGAAGGGAGCGUGAAGAAACAUUGGUACAAGGACAUGCACUACGCCGAGUUUGCUGAAGAUGAAAGCGCUGCGCUGCUUGCCGCCAUCAAGGAGUAUGACGCCAACAAAUGGAAGGUCAUAGGACAGAAGGUCGGCAAACCUGCCAAAGCAUGCGAACAGUACGCGAAAGAGAAUUUUGGCGGCAAGUACUGA